ACCAAACUAUCAGAGAAAGCAUUGCGUGACGUCACAGACAAAACGUGGGAGCUGGGAACAGUGUUGUAUAAACCUUGGUACACAUUGAUACCCAACAUUUUGAAAAGUUCCGGGGACUAGGAAAUUGGGGAUGAUUUAAACGUUAUAUAUAGAAAUAAAGCAUUGUGUGCAACGUUUUCGAAAAGCAGUGGACGACUACUUGUGUUCAAUUUUUAUUUUCAAUCAAGGAAACACGAAUUUUAUAGAAAACUACCUCAAAAAUCAGAAAAGAAAGAAGAUGGUAAAAGUGGUGUUGGUGACAGUGUUGUUGACAAUAUGUGUGAUAGUGGACUGUUUCCCACAAACUAACACAAAAAUACGACAAAAACGAGGAUUCAGACAGAGUAUUGUAGACAGAAUGGGACACGGAUUUGGAAAAAGAGCAAACACAGAUAUAUACGACACUUAUCUCACAAAAACCCCGGAUCUAAUGACAGUUGACGAAUUAACGACGAAUAUAUUAGAUAGCGAAGAAUUAGCCAGAGCGAUAGUGAAGAAAUUUAUAGAUCUUGAUGGGGAUGGAGUCAUUUCUACUACGGAGUUAUUGCGACCCACUAGCUAACCGUUAUACCUGAUAUCAAAGGGGGUUACUUGACCGUAAUCAGUUUCAGCAAUACAGUGCAGCUAGACAUUAUAAGCUGACAAAGACAACAUGCAAAUAUACAUAUCUUACAACAUUGAAACAUGAAAGGUACUAAUUGGUUAAGGGCUUGGAAAGUGUGAUAUUUAAUUUUGUAAUAUUUUGUAUUGUUUAAAUCUUUAAUGAUUACAAUUUAUAACAUUUCUUUGUCUCUUAAGAAAUUUUAAAUUUGACCAAAAUAAUGCUCUUCCUUAUCAAUAUUUGUGAAACGUGCGCUUAGAUAUUAGAGUUGUAAACUCCCUUUUAAUGCGAUAUACGGUCCCAUUGUUAAUUCGCAUUUCAAAAAGGGUUUCAUAUACAUUUACUUAAGUUUAUUAUUUUAUUUUGUGCAAUUUAUCUGGUCUCUGUUAGCUAUAAUGUGUAAUAAACUGCAGAUAAAUG